GCCAGAGUGAGUAAUUCAGUAUCUUUGGGGGAAAGGAGAGUAAAGUGGCACAGAUGCUGUCCAGUCCCUGCGUAGCUGCUGCGUUAGUUGAGCUGGGGCAGCUGAGGGAGCGCGCUGAGGGCUGAAGUGAGGAUUAACUUACACUCGCCUGGACCAACUCGGAUGUGGCAGCGUGUGUGACGUGUGCGUGCGUGAGAGAGUGAGUGAGCGCAGUUAGGGGGAAAAGGGCUGUGACUGUUUUACUCAGAAACCCCAACACGUCCACACAUCUGCCACAGCUGGGGAAUGAGUUCAUCCGCCGCGAGAGAAGGUCUGCGCGGAGGACGAUGAAGACGGUGUGAGAGAAGCGCAGGGAUGGCCACAAUUACGCACGAGCUCCCGACUGAGUUCUUCCUCCAGUUUUGCUGUGUUUAAAAUCUGGGGACUCGCCUUGUGUGCUCUCUUCCCCUCAGGGGUGUGUCCAGCAGUGGAGAACAGGUUGUGUGGAUGUACAGCAGCACCAUGCUCGCUCCCUCGCUUCUGUCCGGCGCGCAUUCAGCGCGCAGUGGAUUUAUGGGGAAAACGGGGAUGCGUCGCGAUUUCUAAGAAAAGUUGUUUCCUGCUGCGUUAAAGGGAUCCUAACACAGUCACGAUGCUCUUCUUAACUUUUUGGACCUUGUUUCCUCUUCUGGAUGUGCUGUCCAUCACGGAGGCUGAGGAGUCUCGCGUGCCUCGUCUGGACUGCGUUAGGGCUCAUGAACAGUGUUUGGGCAAGUACGGCUGCAGCACCAAGUAUCGCACCAUGAGGCAGUGCGUGGCCGGCAAGGCGAGCAACCUGAGCAUGCUGGCCGAGCCUGAGGCUCAGGACGAGUGCAGGAGCGCCAUCGAGGCCAUGAAGCAGAGCCCCCUGUACAACUGCAAGUGCAGGAGAGGCAUGAAGAAGGAGAAGAACUGCCUGCGCAUCUUCUGGAGCAUCUACCAGAGUCUUCAGGGCAAUGAUUUGCUGGAGGACUCUCCGUAUGAACCAGUGAACAGCCGUCUGUCUGACAUAUUCCGCCUGGCGCCCAUCAUAUCAGGUGAAGCGGCAUUUACCAAGGACAACAACUGCCUGAGUGCAGCCAAAGCCUGCAAUCUGAAUGACACAUGUAAGAAAUACCGCUCUGCCUACAUCAGCCCCUGCACCAGCAGGGUCUCCACCACUGAAGUCUGCAACAAGCGCAAGUGCCACAAGGCCCUGCGGCAGUUCUUCGACAAGGUGCCGGCCAGGCACAGCUAUGGCAUGCUCUUCUGCUCGUGUCCAUCUGGGGACCACUCGGCCUGCUCUGAGCGCAGGCGCCAGACCAUCGUACCGGCCUGCUCUUACGAGGACAAGGACAAACCCAACUGCCUGAACCUGCAAGCCACCUGCAAGUCUAACUAUAUCUGCAGAUCUCGCCUGGCUGACUUCUUCACCAACUGCCAGCCGGAGGCUCGUUCAGUAUCGGGCUGUCUGAAGGAGAGCUAUGCUGACUGCCUGCUGGCUUAUUCCGGUCUCAUAGGUACAGUGAUGACCCCAAACUACCUUCGCUCCCCCAGCAUCAGCGUGUCUCCCUGGUGUGACUGCAGCAGCAGUGGCAACGGCAAGCCAGAGUGUGACAAGUUCUCUGAAUUCUUCACUAACAACCGCUGCCUCCGUAAUGCCAUCCAAGCCUUUGGUAAUGGUACAGAUGUUGGGGUGUGGCAACCCCAGCCUCCAAUCCCACCCACUGCCCCCCACCCCAGCACCCCUCAGAGAGGACGGGACAGGAUGUCUAACGCACUGGAUGACCAAACACUCUCCAAUGACUUGGACCCCAGCAAUGACCACCUCUACAGCUUCUGUGGAAGCCUGCAGGCUCAGAAACUAAAGGCCAAUGUCACAAUAGAUGUUCUGUGCAUGGACCCUCCUCUGGCUGACCCCAGCAACUUUAACGCUAUAGCAGGGAGCUCAGCCAGCCUUGUCUACUCUGCGGCCGUCCAUGUAUUGCUGUUGGCUUCACUCUCUGCUAUCCAGCUCCACAAGGCCCUGCUUUUGUAGCCCAUCCCCAAGUCGGACUGCUCUGUAUCAUACUCACCACUCUGUCGUAUUUGAUCUUCUCCUGCAAGUGAUGCUGUAUGAGGUGUGAUGUCUACUUGUGCUAAAGCUGCUUUUUCUUUCUGAAAAAUGGAUUUUUCUCCUUUCGAAUGGAGGACCAGUGCCGAUGGACAGACAUGGAGGUGGAGUUGUUGAUGUGGAAAUGAAGUCACUAAUCAACUUCUUUUGUGAAACGCCUCGCGCUGUGCUCCCAGUCUUCUAUACGGUGUUGGAAAUGACAUGUUUUUCUUCAGCCAUUAGGACAAGAACUUUGUUUUCUAUAAGGGAAGUUGAAAAAGAGCCACAAUGAAAAAUGGGGAUCACGAAAGACAAUAAGAUGACCCUCCACUUUUUUUGCCCAACAGGAGCAGACUACAACAUGGCCAGACGUUAAUUUCCUCUUUCCGUGAUAUUAGAGAAAAGUGUUUGAGUGUUUGUGCUGAGCUGCACUCAAAGUCCCACAUCUCUCAGAAAGGUACCUGCCAACUAAUCCUGUCCAUUGCAUCUUUUAUGAUGAGUACUGUCUCUUCUAUCUGGCUGUAGUGUGACUGAUACAUACAGAGCCACAGGAUACAAGGUGUGGACACACAUUGCGAGACAGACAGACAGGCAAACGAGGUCUUUCGGAACCGUCAGAAUUGACAUAUUUAUGCUCACACAGAUAUGUUCUUUGGUAGGAACUGUUGCUGACUUUACAGACUGUUGGCAAAAGUCCCAUUCAAGUCAGUUUCUGUCAAAAUAUCUAAAUUUAGAGUUUUUAGAGUGUCAGUCUCAUUUUGACUAGCUACAACAACACAGUCUAGGUCAGCAGCACAGCAUUUCAAACUGGAAAAUCAAUUUCAUGUAAUGAAUCUAAACUCUGGCCUAAAUUUUUUAAGUUAAAACGUUUUUUUCCCACCAUCCUGUAAAGUAUGUCCAACCUUGCAAUAGUAGCAAUGGUGGAAUGCAUUCGUGGGCAGAGCAUAGAGAGAUCAAUUCUCUUAUCAAUAUGGACUUCUGAUUCACUCCACUGUCACUCAAGUUGCACUUCCUUUUAUGAGAAGAGUGUUUAUCAUCCACCACAGUUUUUGAGGAGAAAAAAAUAUUAAUCUGAUCACCCGCUUGUACAAUACCAGCCUUUGUUUAUGUUGCCGCCUAAUUUCUGUUCUUACAAAUUUAGCAGAUUUAUGCCAUUCUAUCAGAACUGCUGUGUACAAUAUCAUCUGAUGUGUUUUAACCGUGUACAUUAGUGUUGAGUCACAGAAAAGGGUACAAAGGUUGAUGAUUCAAUCUAGUGUACCCAUAUGUAAAACGUGCUGUACAGUAAGUGAACAUGGUUUCUCUCUCGCUCUCUUUUCAAUGAGGUGCCCUAAAAGCAUUUCAGCAUUGUUGUGGUACUGUUAACUGUAAGAGUAAACAAAUAAAUAAUUACACAUGUAUAACAGGGCUGUACGAACUGAAAGGGGGCUGAAUACAUUAAAUAAGGCAGAGAACUCCCUUUAA